AAACCCCUUCACUAAUAACAAUCUCCAAAAUCUACAAUAUAGUUCUUUCAUUUUAUGGAGAUGGCUAAAUCAUUUGUACCUCUGAUCGUUGUGUUAUUCGUUUCGUUGCUCCCACUUGCGGCCAUGGCGGUUGGAACACCAUUCCACAUUGAAGGAUGUGUUUACUGCGACACUUGCCGCUUUGGAUUCGAGACAAUUGCCACCAAAUAUAUCCACGGGGCAAGAGUGAGAAUAGUAUGCAAAGACAGAGUGACACUGAAAUCGGAGUUGGUUGGGGUGGCGGUGACGGGACCCAAUGGGAAAUACAAAGUCGCCGUCAGAGGAGACAGACAGGACCAGCAAUGUCUGGCGGAACUUGUUCACAGUCCUCUUUCCCGCUGCCAAGAGGCUGAUCCUGGCAGAAGCACCGCCACCGUGAUCCUCACGCGCUCCAACGGAGCUGCCUCUACUCGCCACUACGCCAACGCCAUGGGUUUCUUCAGGGACGAACCGCUCCGCGGCUGUGCCGCUCUCCGCAAACGCUACCUCGCCGACGGUGAUGUCCGGGCUAUUUGAGUCAUAUCCUUACUCAUCUUAUGUUCUUGGUGAAACAGAACAGAAAAGUUUAUUUAGAGUUUUUAUUUAUUUUCUUUUUAUUAUGUUGUUGAGUCUCUAAAAAUGGUGAUACUAUUUUAGACAUAUCUAAGAAACUAUAUAAAAUAAAGUAUUUGCAAGUUG